AUGCCUACUAGAUCAAGUGAUAUUUAUGAUCGAGUAAAGAAUGUGAUGGAUAUGUGCAAGGAAAUUAAUACAGGAGAAAAUGCCAUGUUUAAUGUGACCUUCACGUGUCAAGAUUCGCAACCAUUGGUGGUUGGUCAAGUAGCAAGACCUUGUUCUGUCGAGAAGGACAAGGUAUUGUUUCCAGAGAAAUGCAUGCCUAUUGAUACUUUAAGAAUUGAGAUUUGUUUCAAUUAUAGUAAUUCAAUUUCAGAGCUGAGCAAAUUCACAAAUUAUGCAUUGAAGAAUGAAGAGGAAAUUAUCAAUUCUCUUAUAACGAUUAUCGAUCAUGAUAAUCAUCAAGUUUACUUCAAGCUGAAAACUAAUUAUUUCAAUGAGGAAAAGGAAUCACUUGAUAGAUAUAUUGUAAUUGGAAAAAUGGAUAAUAGUGAACAUGCCUUUAUAUUUGAUGUGAGCCAUUUUGCAGAGAGUUGUGGAGUUAUUCCAAAGAAUUUGAAACAUAUUUACAAACUGUGCAUGCCUUCAGAUUUGGCCAAACAUUUUGAAAAUCUUAAAUCUGGAAACUCAACAAAUUCGGAUAAAAGUGUUAGAAGGGUUGGAUUUGGAAUAUUCUUUAGAGCUGAUACCUUAUCCGAUAGAUAUCGCUGUAGGUGGUAUUACAAUAACCAUACGAUAGCAACAGAUAGCUCUUUAAUUGGACUGGUAGGAUCAAACAGCAAAUAUGGCAAUUAUGGGAUUCAGAUUUUGGCAGAAACCUCAAGUGUUUACGGAUGUAAUUACACGGGUGUGAUAGAUGUUGGAUAUUACAAGUUUAAAUUGAGUGGGUGGACUAAAUAUGAGUCUUAUCAAUCUGCUCAUCAUUACACUUGUAAAUUGACUCAGGAAGUUAAGUAUUUGAAUAAAUAA